UGAGGACUGCAUGCCAGGGUGCCUGGAGGCUGGCCCGCCUCCCACAGCCCUCUGUGCUCUUAAGUCCUCCUGUCUGAACAGGGGCCAGACUCUUGUUUCACCCCAGCCUGCUGUGUCUGUCCUCUGCAAAGCCAUGUGGCUGUACCUGGCAGCCCUGGUGGGCCUGUGCUACCUUCUGUGCUGGUACCGUGAGAGACAGGUGGUGAGCCACCUCCCAGACAAGUUCGUCUUCAUCACGGGCUGUGACUCGGGCUUCGGGAACCUGCUGGCCAGACAGCUGGACAUGCGAGGCUUGAAGGUGCUGGCUGCAUGUCUGACGGAGAAGGGGGCCAAGGAGCUCAGGGCCCAGACAUCAGACAGGCUGCAGACAGUGACUCUGGAUGUCACCAAGACCGAGAGCAUCACUGCUGCCGCCCAGUGGGUGAAGGAGCGUGUGGGGGACAGAGGACUCUGGGGCCUGGUGAACAACGCCGGCAUCGCCCAGGCAUCGACACCCAAUGAGUGGCUGACCAAGCAGGACUUUGUGGACAUACUCAAUGUGAACCUGUUGGGGGUGAUCGAGGUGACUCUGAGCCUGCUGCCCUUAGUGAGGAAGGCCAGGGGCCGCGUGGUCAAUGUCUCCAGCGUCAUGGGCCGGGUGUCGCUUUUUGGUGGGGGCUACUGCAUCUCCAAGUAUGGCGUAGAGGCCUUCUCGGACUCCCUCAGGAGGGAGCUUUCCUAUUUUGGGGUGAAGGUGGCUGUGAUUGAGCCUGGUUUCUUCAACACUAGCAUAACCAACAGUGAGAGGCUUAUGCAGUCCUUCCAGGAGAAAUGGGACCGGCUUAGCCUGGAAGUCAAGCAGAUCUAUGGCGAGAAGUUUCUGGCAUCCCACAUGAAAAGACUUGUAGUUCUGAAGCCACUGUUCUCACAGGAUCUGUCCUUGGUGACGAACUGCAUGGAGCAUGCACUGACCGCCUGCCACCCCCACACCCGAUACUCAGCAGGCUGGGAUGCAAAGCUUCUCUACCUCCCCAUGAGCUACCUGCCCACCUUCCUGGUGGAUGCCUGGAUGUACUGGCUCUCUUCAGGGCCAGCCAAGGCUCUGUGAAGCCAAGACUGUAGUGCAUGGCAUGAGGAGGUGGGGAAUCAUUAGGGACAGGGAAGAAGCAUGGAGGGAGGGAGCUGUUGCAUCACCAGAGCACCUAUCCCACCUUCUUCUUCAUUUCCUCCAAAGGGUUCUGCUCAGAUAUUACUUAGCACUCUGGGAAUAUUAGGGAAAAGAGCCAAGGAAUUCUGCUGAGGAACAGAGACCCAAUAGCACUCAUUGGUGCCCUGUUUUCCUGGUCUUCACUCAAGGCCCUGAGCCUCAUGGCCCACCUGCCACCCUGAGGAGUCCACACACCUGGGGAGGGUGUGAGCAGGUGAAAGGAUGCUCAGUCCACACCUGUUCUGUCUGCUGCCAUCCUCCUCAUAUUGUGCUUG